UGAUAAAAAAAGAGAAAAAACUGCACAUGAUGUUGAUGGCAUUAAUGGAUGGAUGAUUACUUGGGCCAAUAAAAAUAUAUUUGAAAUAGAUGGAAAAGCGUUUUUUGAUGAAGAUGAAUUAUAUUGUGAAAAUGAAGAUAAUGAAUUAUCAGAAGUGGAAGAGAAUUUAAAUGAUAAGAUUAUGGAAAGUGAUGAAGGAAGUUAUAAUGAAUCAAAUGGGUCAGAUAGCACAGUUGAAUUAUAUGAAUCAGAUAGAUAUGAUUAUAAAUAA